AUGGUCAUUUCGCGUGAUACCAACGAUUCAGGCCACGUUGAAUCCGAUCACGCCUCGUCGACUUCAACCGAUAGUCCAGGAUCGGGGAGCUCCAACAAUGUGACUUCGAUAAUCAUCGGAGUGGUCGUUGGAGGCGUUGCUGCCAUUGCGAUCACCGCGGGCAUACUCUUCUUCCUCUAUAAGAAACGCAGAUGGGAUCGCAUCCGUCGACACGAAGAACAACUCCUCGAGUAUCACAUCCAGGCAGGGCUGAAGGCAGACGAUGCUGAGCUUGGAACUAUGCGGGGUCGACCGUCAUCUUCGCUCUCCAUGUAUCGAGCCCACUCUGACGACAUCAGUGACCGACCACCAGCAUAUCAGACUUUGCAUGUACCGGUCUAUGACCCGUCCAGGUACAGAGAUAUCGAUAUCACACCAACCAUGCAGUUCUCUACGAUGAGACAACCGCCAUUACAGCCAGUCGAUAAUGCUCAUGUAAGAGUUCCGCCACAGCUUCGCGACCAGCUUGUCUCACAUCUGAACGACGACUCGCCAUUGCCACAGCUAUUGCAGCCACCAGGGCGGUCAUUUCUGGGAACCUCACCAGAUUCGACACGAGAUUCGAUACAAUCAGACGGUCUCUUCCAAGCCACUGUGGUUCCGGCAGACUCGAGCACACUCGAUCAGACGGCAAGGCUACCUAGGAGACCAAAACCGGUACUCUCGAGAUUGAUCACAAAUCUCAACUAA